AUGUACAAUAUGAUCAAAACCAGUUUAUAUGGGAAGUUUGUGAUGUAUAACUGUGUAGAGGCAAUGUAUUGCUGGGAUGAUACAACUUGCAAUGGUGGUUUCACUGUGGAGAUCAUCCACCGUGACUCACCAAAAUCACCGUUCUAUCGUCCCACAGAAACUCAACUCCGACGAGUUGCCAAAGCUGUUCAUCGCUCCCUUCGUCGUGCUAACCAUUUCAACCAAACUUUUGUCUCGAAAAACACAGCUGAGUCCACUGUGACACCAGGUAUAGGUGACUACGUGAUGAGCUAUUCAGUUGGAACCCCAGAAUUCAAAGUUUUUGGCAUCGUUGACACAGGCAGUGAUAUUGUUUGGAUGCAGUGUCAACCUUGUAAAACAUGUUUCGACCAAACCACUCCAAUCUUCAAUCCUUCAAACUCCACCACCUACGAAACCCUUCCAUGUUCUUCUACUUCAUGUAAAUCAGAUGGCAGAUACUCGCAGGGAGAUCUUAGUUUGGAGACACUCACUUUAGGCUCCACCAUUGGCUCUUCUGUCAAAUUUCCCAGAACUGUGAUAGGAUGUGGACGUAACAAUAGUUUUUUCUCUGAAGAGAAAAGUUCUGGCAUAGUUGGUUUAGGUCAAGGAUCUUUGUCGCUGAUAUCUCAGUUGAGUUCUUCAGUAGGUGGAAAGUUUUCUUAUUGUCUUGCACCAAUAGAUAACAUAGCUAGCAAACUCAGUUUUGGAGAUGCUGCUGUGGUUUCUGGGAAUGGCACUGUUUCCACCCCAAUAACCUAUCAUGGUCAUUACUACCUGACCCUGGAAGCACUCAGCGUUGCAAAAAACAGAAUAAGGUUGGGAAAAUCUAAUAAUGGAGAGGGAAAUAUCAUAAUUGACUCAGGCACAACACUCACUCUUUUGCCAGACGAUGUUUACUCAAAGCUGGAAUCAGCAGUGGCACGUGAAGUUAAGUUAAAACGUGUUAAGGAUCCAUCUAACCAGUUGAGCCUUUGCUAUAAAGGUGCAUUUCAUGAACUGCAUGCACCAGUGAUAACAUUGCAUUUCAGUGGCGAUGCAGAUGUGAAGUUAGCUGUUGACAACUCCUUCAUUGAUGGAGGUGAUGGGGUAGUUUGCUUUGCUUUCAUGGCUAGUAAAACCUUUUCCAUCUUUGGAAACUUUGCUCAGAAAAACAUCUUGGUUGGCUAUGAUCUGCAGAAGAAAACAGUCUCCUUUAAGCCCACGGAUUGUGUUCAACAGUGA